CGGAACCGGAAGCGCGAGGACGCGGAGCCCAACAUGGCGGCCGCCUGGCCCGCGGGUCGGGCUUCCCCAGCGGCGGGGCCUCCGGGCCUCCUCCGCACUCUGUGGCUCGUGACGGUCGCCGCGGGACAUUGGGGGGCUGCUGCCUCUGGCGCCGUCGGCAGCGAGGAGACGCCCAAGUGUGAGGACCUCAGAGUGGGACAAUAUAUUUGUAAAGAACCAAAAAUAAAUGAUGCUACUCAAGAACCAGUAAACUGUACAAACUACACAGCUCAUGUUCAGUGUUUUCCAGCACCCAACAUAAUUUGUAAGGAUUACAGCGGUAAUGAAACACAUUUUACUGGAAAUGAAGUUGGUUUUCUCAAGCCCAUAUCUUGCCGGAAUGUAAAUGGCUACUCGUACAAAGUGGCAGUUGCAUUAUCUCUGUUUUUGGGUUGGCUGGGAGCAGAUCGAUUUUACCUCGGAUAUCCUGCCUUAGGCUUGCUAAAGUUUUGCACCGUAGGAUUUUGUGGAAUUGGGAGCCUAAUUGAUUUCGUUCUUAUUUCAAUGCAGUUUGGUGGACCUCUGCAUGUAUGUGACACUUCAGAUACAUUGGGAAACAAAGGGGAAUGA